CAGAUGUGGUCGUAUUUCCAAAAUUUCCAAUAAAUAGCCUUGCGAUCUGGCGGCAUUUGCAUUGACCACCAUACUCUCGACCCAAAUAAUCAAUUGCCACUUGGUACAUAAUGAAACCAUCGCUUAUUUCCGUUGCCAGUGCCGUCUUUGUUGGCAUGCUGACUGCCUGUCUGGCCUUGGCUAAACCCACCCUUUACGUCUUUGGCGACUCGCUCUCUGAUAUUGGCACGUUCAGAGACCUCACUCUUGGGCUCAUCCCGCCUCCUCCUUACUGGGAGGGAAGGUGGUGCUCGGGUCCUAUCUGGGCCGAGUACUUGUCUCUGCUAAUGGGAUACAACCACUACAACAAGGCCAUCGGCGGCGCGACUACCGACAAUGCUGACACAACCUACCUACCCUCGGGCUCGCCGAUUCAGAUCCCCAGCUGCCAAGACCAAAUCAACUGGUUCAAGUUCUGGAACCCUCUUUACCACUUGGCCUCUACCCGUGGCGAUGACAUUGCCACCCUGGCUAUUGGCCACAACGACUAUUUCGGGACAGUGUCUAAGCUCCAAAAAAACUCGACCACGCCCGAGGAGUUUUCAACGAUGGUGUCAGACACCAUAAACAUCAUUGUCAGCAACCUUGCUGCUAUCCAGUACACCCCUGAGGCGGCUAUUGGGAAAACACAGGAGCUGGCACGUAUUACAAUUGGACUGAUUAAUCAGAAGGUACAGGCCAAGGCUACAGCUUGGGCGAAGACCGCUGGGCUGAAGAGAUUUUACGUCGCUGAUAUUGACGGAUUCGUGUCGAUGUCUGUUAAGCCAGCUAUCUCUAAUGCACUCGGCCUUAUCGACACCACGCAUGCAUGCCUUGGUGGCGAGUUCCUGCACUUCUUCCAGGACAAUAACUUUGCCCAGAGUCUGAUCAACUUUGUCACUCAUCUUGAUGAGGCAUUCUUGUGCAAGGACCCGUCGCUGUACUACUUCUUCGACCCAGUACACCCUGCGGAGCGAGUCCAGCGUCUCUAUGGAUAUUUCUGCUACAAGGCGGUCAGUGCAUGGAUGAAGGGGCAGACUUAUGAGCUGAACGAGGCCAACCUGCUGUCUAUUAUCAGGGAGUACAAGCUAAACACGCCGGCUCCAAAACCAGCCAUGAUCUACUCUUAAAGCCUUCCUUCUCCUCAAC